AUGACGGAGACGACGACGACAACUUGUGGCUGCCUCGCGUCGCUCGAGGUGCUCAUGGGCCCCCACACGGGCGCGAUGGUCGCGCCAACGUCCAGCGCCAUUGCCAUCGGCCGCAGCAAGAAGUUCGUCGGCGAUACCGGCCUCCUCCUCGCGUCCGACUUUGACGUGUCGUCUCGCCACGCCAGCAUUGCGCACGACGCUAGCCUCGGCCGCUUCGUCGUCAUCGACGUUGGCAGCACCAACGGCACCAAGAUCAACGAAAAGCCAAUUCCGCCGCGGACGCCGACGCCACUGCGCGACGGCGACACGCUCACGACCGGCGCGUCACUUCUGGCCUUUCGCAUCGACGUCGUCUGCGCCGUCUGCGCCGCCCCCAAGCCUCGCGAGCCCGACAUCGUCGCCGCCGAGGGUCCUAUCGAGCACGAGGAGUGCGUUGUAUGCCGCGGAUCGCUCUACGGGCUCUCGUUCGAGGAGCGUCAUUUGCACGUGAAUGCGUGCUUGGACUCGCAGCCCAAGGCGAAAAAGGCCAAGAAACAAAAAUCGAUCAACCAAGAGCAAGUCGAGUUUGCACUUGCGCUCUCCAAGUCGCUCGUCGACGACGAACUCGAAGCGACAGUCAACAAGACGCUGCUCACGCGGGACCUCGCCGCCAUUGACGCCCAGAUCGCAACCCUUCAGAAACAACGCGCCAAAAUCCUUAAGCAGCUCCAAAAGUCCGAAAAACAGUCGAAACGCGUCGCGAAAUCCCGCGUUUUGCCCCCCGACGCAGUCCGCACAGCCUUGCACGACGUGGCUUCGUAUGAAGCGCGGGUAUUUCUGUUCCCACAAGCCUUGGCACUUCCAAGUCGUCGUCCGCCGUGCGUGCAGUGGCGACCUCGAGACGCCUCGGAUUCGCUCAUAUGGUGGUCCAAAGCAGCCCAAGGCGACCAGUGGGCCGCUGACGACUACUUGGUGCCCAACGUCUUACCCACAGCGACACCAUUUGAGGCACCCGAGGCACUCUCGAUGACUGCAACGACAAGUCCCUCCGAGACCACGACGACGCUGGACCUGAACGAGCCCAUGGCGGCUCUUGUUUCCAGCAGCCCGAAAGCGGACGCCGCCACGCCUCUCGACGCAACUAUCUCUGUCGCAUCUCUGCUUGAGAGUCCACCUUCGCCGCAUCAACCGCAAGCGAGUCCUGCGGAGCCCGAGACGAAGCUGGUAGCGCCGUCAGACAUUGCGUCCAUCUUUCCCACGUGGCAAGACGACGUGGCGUUCAUUGACGCGCAGACCGACGCCAGUGCGCUUCGCGACGCCUUGCAGGCGCUGGCCGAGACCCAAGCGGUGACGACCGACCCCUCGACGAUCGCCGCGCUUGCGUUUUUCGCAACCCACAUGGAGGCACGCCUGCUGCAAUUUUCCCCUAUUUAA